AUGUUUCGAUAUUCUACCGUUCAAUUACAACAAUAUAGUAGAUAUCAAGGUGAUCGUCGUGGAGUAGCUAGAAGACUUGGAAAUGGUGCUCGUCAAGAAGCUUUAGAUAUUGGUUAUGGAACUACUGCAGAGUUGGAAACUAUUGGUGGAUUCGGUAACACAUUACGCAAUCGCACAGGAGUCACCGUCAUUGUCCAAUGGGCACCACCAUUUAGUACGGCUUACCAACAAUUUAUCGGUGGAAACAUGCGUAGUUUUCCCAUGGCUCGAAUGGGAAAUAUGACCGGUCAUCCAAUAGGUGGUAUGGGAAAUUACGGAGGAAUGCAAGGAGUGCCAUACAACUUUAGUUAA